AUGUCCUCCACCUUGGACCGCCAUCAGUCCCCGGUUUCUUCCUCCCACCAUCGCGCCAACUCUGAUACCACCGUGACGGCGCAUGUCUCGUCGCCCAUUCCCCAGUCCUCCGACCCUUUCCUUCGCGUCGACUCGCUAGACCCAUACGAUGACAUGCUCGCGCGCACAUACUCGAACCCGCACUCGCAGUCGUACUCGCACUCGCAUGCGCACGAACAUAGCAGGGCCGACAUCUCCUGGGAAGGCGGUCUCAGUCUCUCGGGCAGUCCUCUCAACCCGCACGACCCGCACAGGCCUUGGCGACGUGUGGCGCGGACCAGGAUGCACCGCUGGAGAGCGAUUCACACCUUUACACUCGCUCUUAUGGCGGCAUGGGCGACAUACACCAGCGUUCGCUACUUCAUUGCGUUCGUCAUGUACCGGGCCCAGGCACGAAGAACACUGUCGCUCGCCUUAGGCACAGCCUCGUUGGUCGCGCUGAGCUUGUCGCUUCUGCUCAUUUCGAGCAAGCCAGUACUUGGGCCAUUCGUGCGCGCUCGGCCGGACUUGCUGCGCUGGUGCAGACUUGCAGCACACGUAGCUCGCGCUUCUGUCACACUCUUGAUAUUGGGACCCGCCAUCGUGAACUUUGUACUUGUGUUCCUGUGGCGCGACAACAGCGACUCGGCCGUACGGUUACGCGGGCGGUGCAAAUGGGAUAUCGACGUCGAUUGGACCGCAGGCGUAGGCUCGCAAUGUCAGUCACCGGUGUGGGGUGUGUGGAUAGCUGCAGCGAGUGCGCGGCUAGCGCUGACUGUAGUCACACUCAUCGCGUAUCAUGUAGCUUAUGUGGCCCACAAUAGGGCACGUCGAACGCCGCGUCCCAUUCUACACGACACGAAAGAGCGGCCAGAGUCCUCGGCACUCACCUCCCCACAGCCCGUCACAUUCACCCUACGAAGUCGGGAUUCGAUGAACCCUCCUCUUCCUGUAACACCGCCAGCGAACUCUUCCCCACGUCGUUCAAUAUGGGAGCGCCGCUCAGGCAGCAGUUUCGGCCCCACUGCCGACCUUUCAUCUGGUUCUCAAACCGUUUCUUCGCACGAGUCGGGCUCCGGUGCCCAAGAGUCACGACCAGCACUCAGCUCCCUUCCCUCGCCCACCUCCGCAGAACAAGCCAACCUACUCGCAGCACAAGACCUGCAGAACUUUGCCGCCAGCUUCCGCAACCUCGUCGGUCAAGUCUCUCGCGAGAUCUCAGAAGGUCGCCUCAGCCCACCGAGCGAGAGUCCGCGCACACCGCCUUUACACUCUGUCAUGAGCACGCACACGCCAUACGUCUCCCUCGACGAGUUUGGUCGACCCGUACCGCCUCUCGAGAGCGUCGCCAUCUUCGGCCGCCCCGUCCGUCGCAUGCCGACCAUCGAGAGCAUGGGAACGUUCGCGACGACACCCGGCACGGAUAUGCCGCCGCGAAGUCCGACCGCGGGAAGCAUGCUCAGCAAUCAAAGUCGCGCGCCGACGCGCAUGAGCAUGGUCACCAUGAGCAUACCCAGCGCUCCUCCCAGUCGCUCCAACUCGCUCACGCAGGGACCUGGACAGCCACGAGAGCCACCGCGGAUAGCGAACGAGCCCGCUGAACACGUUCUACGCCAUACGCCGGUCAGCAUGAGCAGCUUCCAUACUGCGCAGACCAACGUCAGCGGGUCCAACUCGAACUCCGGUUCGGGUUCGGGUUCGGGUCUCAGUAGGAGCAACAGCCUGAACGCUGUCGAUCUGCUUACGCCCGUGGACGAGCAUGAGCUCACGCCGGGUCAGAUUGUGGACCAUAGAACGGCGAGUCCGGAGGACUACGGCCAGGUCGUGCGGGCAUCGGGAGACUUGUCGCGCUCGAACUCCGAGGGCAGACCACGGACAGCGCCGAUGUGA